GAAUCACCUGAUACCAACAUAUGUCUCUUGAAAACCAGACCCGAAGGCAAUUGCUAUAGAUGCUUUUCUGCUUCCAUGAAAGAGGUGGAAAAUCUAGACCAACUCUCCAUGGAUCCUACUUCACAAAGUAUUAAACAAGGUCAUCAGAGAACAAGUAACAAUCAUAAUAGUAUUCACUUGAUAGCUAUCAGCACUAUGGUUAAUUCCCAAGAACUCAACUAUAACAACAGGAGACUAUCUACAACACCAUCAAAUAAAAUGGGAUCUUUGCGCAGCUCUGAAAAACAAACUGAUCCUGUUACUUGCUCUCUGAAUAACAUAGUCAAAUUUUUUGAAGAUCAACUUAAUACCAGUUCUUAUCCUACCAUCAUUAAGGCCAUGAGAGAUGUUUAUAAUAGAAAUCCACCUAAUUCUUAUGAUGAUAAUGUUGUGGAUUUAACCCCGGCAUUCGACAAGAUUCAUUCUUUUGGCAACAAUGAGACAAUGAAUAUCUCUCUUCUACUAUGA